AUAUGUUGGAAGGAGAGGACUUUUAAGCAAUUACUGCACAUUUGUAUCUGUUCCUCAUGCAAAGCCAUCAAAAUAAAAUGGCUUUCAUUGACAAGCAAGCAGGUUUGGAGCAACAUGAGAAUCGGAGGACUGGAGCACCAUUACCAUUUCCAUCACAGCAGGGUGGUCCGCAGAUCCACCUUUGUCACCAGAGGCACUCACAUCUUCAUUCACAUGGACCCGAAGGUUGACUGGGCGCAGCAGCAGCUGGUGAAGACGAGAGUCAAACGCCACCCCAGGAGCGACCCGAACUACAUCCACUUCAACGAUCCCGAAUGGUCCAACAUGUGGUACAUUCACUGUAAUGAUACAAACAGCCACUGCCGUUCAGAAAUGAAUAUCCUUGCUGCCUGGCAGAGAGGCUACACAGGUCGAAAUGUGGUCGUCACCAUCUUGGACGACGGUAUUGAGAGAAACCAUCCAGAUCUGGUGCAGAAUUAUGACCAGCUGGCGAGCUACGAUGUGAACGGAAAUGACUACGACCCAACCCCACGAUACGACUUCAGCAAUGAGAACAAGCACAGGACACGAUGCGCAGGUGAAGUCGCUGCUGUAGCCAACAACUCGCACUGCAUUGUGGGUAUAGCCUACAACGCUCGCAUAGGAGGUGUCCGAAUGCUUGAUGGAGAUGUGACUGAUGUGGUAGAGGCCAAGUCUCUGGGAAUAAGGCCAGACUACAUCGACAUUUACAGUGCCAGCUGGGGCCCGGACGAUGACGGGAAGACCGUGGACGGGCCGGGGCCUCUGGCCAAACAAGCCUUUGAGCUGGGAAUUAAAAAGGGCCGGAAGGGUCUGGGCUCCAUCUUUGUUUGGGCGUCUGGUAACGGGGGCCGGCAGGGCGAUCACUGCUCCUGCGACGGCUACACCAACAGCAUCUACACCAUCUCCGUCAGCAGCAGCACUGAAAACGGCAACAAGCCCUGGUACCUGGAGGUGUGUUCCUCCACCCUCGCCACCACGUACAGCAGCGGAGAGGUCUACGACCGCAAAAUAGUUAAGUCACAUAGACGUCUGUUACACCAGCACAAGAAAGAGUUUGUUCCUGGAGUCCUCUUGUAA